AUGAAAAUCCUUCCUCUCUCUUCUUCCUCCUCAUCUUCUUCAUUGACACCGGCAACAUUUUCUUUGGUUGAUUAUCCUGUAAAAGACUCUGGUGAAAAAUUAACUCGUGAAGAAAAAAGUUUUUAUCGUUCAUCGAAAAGAUACCUUCAGAAAGAAAAAUUGUCCUCUUUUGAAUCAUUUUGCAAAUUUAUUUGUAGCAAAUUCAAGAAAAUAAGUUAUGAAUUUGCAAUUUUUACUUACAAACACUUUUUUAAGAAAUUGGGAGAAAAUGAACCUGAUCUUAUAGAAACUUGCAACCAAAAAAUACAGGAUUGUGAGGACCAACAUAUCUAUAAAUUAUUUCUUAAAAUAAUUGGUAAAGUUGAAAAACAAGACCUAGAAAUUUUAAAAUUAAACGAAGAAUGUAUUAGAGAAUGGCCCUGGACGAUUGACAGUAUUUCAGAAAUUGUCACAUCAGAAAAAUUGAUAAGAGAUUCGUUCGAAAUGGUUGAAUUGGAAGAGAUAUCCAAUAUAUCUAGGUCUAUAAUUAAUAGCUCAGACUAUCAACCUGUCAUAAAUAAACAGAAUAUGAAAGAAUUGGUGAAUCAUUUCAAAUAUUUAAGAAAAAAUCAAGAAUAUAUAGAACAAGACCAUGAAUUGAAUGAAGGGACCUGGGAGGACCAUUGUAUCUCCAUACCAUUCAACAUCAGUAGUAGAGGCAUUCCCAAAUUAAAAUUAAUAAUGUCUGAAAAGGCUAGCCGUAGCUCAAAAAGACGAAGAAAUGAAGUUUCUAGUGAUGAUAGUAAAGAAAAUCAUAUAGUAGAAAAAAAGAGAAAAAAGCAAGGAAAGCGUCCUGACGUGAUAUUUGUAUCUAGAAAGUCAAUCAAGCCUGAUGUAAAAUUUGAAUUUUUAGUUGGUGAGGUAUGUUCACAGCCAUGGAAUGAAAAGGAGGAUAAAAUGAAUGGUGAUACUAGAAAACUUUUUAGAUUAAUGAAAGAUUGUUACGAUAGUAUUGCAUUGUAUUUUUAUGAAAAAUUUGGUACAAAUUAUUCUAGUUGUUGGAAUUUAAAAAACUUGGAAAUAUAUGGUAUCAUUGUAUCAGGGUUUGAAAUAAUAAUCUAUGUGUUAGAUCAGCCAGGAUUUGGUGUAUAUAGAAUUCGAAAAGUUGUAAAAUUGGAAAUUCCUGUAAAAGAAGAAAACAACGAUUAUUAUCUUUAUAUAAAUAAGUUAAUGUUUGCGAUUAAUGAGAUGGAAAAACUUGUGGAAAAUUUAAACUCGGAACUUAGUAAAAAAUCUUCAAAAAAAAAUGAGAAAGAUUUUUUGAUAUCAUCUUUAGGUAGAACAAUGAAAUCACCAAUGAAUUCUUAUUAUCAUUAG